CUGGAACAAUCAAACACAAUUAUCGUCGCCAUGUCGAAUAUUCUACCCCAGAGCUGCUUGAGGCGGCUUGCGCGGAAUCCUCUCCGGCAGACCACUUUACCUAUCUUCCUGGCACCUGCAUACUCCCACCUGCUCCGGACACAAUGUUUUUCGACCACUUCCCCGACACAAUCGCGAGUAGGCGGCGCUCCGAUCUCGAUACCACCAGAGGUCUCCUUGAAGUUUGUCGACCUGCCUCAGACUCAAGUACGAGGCCGGUCAAAGGAGAUCCCUAAGACUGCAAUUGAGGUCAAGGGUCCUCUCGGUGAAUUGACCUUGAACAUCCCUCCAUUUGUUGAGGUCGCACACGAUGAAGCACUCCGGAAAGCCAGUUUGACUGUUCAGGAUCCCUCCAUUGCCCAUCAACGUGCCAUGUGGGGAACUAUGCGGGCCCAUCUGCAGAACUACGUACUUGGAGUAUCAGAAGGACAUAUUUGCAUUUUGAGUCUGGUCGGUGUCGGUUACAGAGCGAGCAUCGAGUCUACAGCGACUACAGUGGAACCCGAAUACCCUGGCCAACAGUUCGUCUCUCUCAAGGUUGGAUAUUCUCAUCCCAUUGAGCUUGGUGUUCCCAAGGGAGUCAAGGCCAGCACACCGCAGCCUACUCGUAUUCUGCUUGAGGGAGUCGACAAAAGUGUUGUGACACAAUUCGCGGCGGAGAUCAGAGAAUGGCGGAAGCCAGAGCCUUACAAGGGCAAGGGUAUUUUUGUGAAUGGAGAAACAAUCAGACUGAAGGCCAAGAAGAUUCGGUGAACUGGGGUGGUUUGUAUUUUACUUUGGCAUUUUCUUGGAACAGGGUCUGGGCUAUUUCUGUACAUGUAUAUCCAAGCAGAGUCUCUCCUGUUUUCCCAAUUGGUAUCUAUUCCAUGUACUUUUAGGCGCAUCGAGCGUGCAGGAUCUAACAAAGAUUUAGAACGGGUU